AUGCACGUUAUUCUGACUGCAAUUUCCAGAAGACUGAAUAACAAGAGCAUGUCUUCUGCAACCUUAGACACAACAACAACCAAAGAAGCAGUAAAUCAAAACAAAUUAGAAAAGUUUUUAAAGAUAACACAGUUCCAUGUAUUAGCAGUUGACGAUAGCCUCAUUGACAGAAAGUUGAUUGAGAGACUCCUCAAAACUUCUUCUUAUCAAGUUACUGUAGUGGAUUCUGAAGCAAAGGCUCUAGAGUUUUUGGGAUUGAUUGAAGAUGACAAAAAUGAUCUAUCAAAAAUUAACAAUUGCUUAGAGAAAGAAGCAGAAGACUUCUUUCUGAAGCCAGUUCAACAAUCUGAUGUUAAUUAG